AGGAUUCAUUAACCGGUGUUUCUCUCUCCCCGUCGCAUACAAACAAAUUAACAAACCUUCCCGAGAGACAAACAGAGGGAGAGUGAGAGAGAGAGAGAGAUUCUAUGGCAGCGAGAGCGGUAAUAUUGUCAAUUUUAGUCAUUACAAUAGCUGCAUCUCUCUCAUGGGUAUCAUCAUCUUCGCCUGAAUCUGCUUCUGCCUUUGUCAAGAAGACCAUCUCUUCCCACAAGAUCGUCGUCUUUUCCAAAUCCUAUUGCCCGUACUGUAGAAGGGCAAAAAAUGUUUUCAAACAGUUAAGCCAAGUACCCCAUGUUGUUGAACUUGAUGAGAGAGAUGAUGGCUCAGACAUUCAGGAUGCCAUAAGUGAUAUUGUUGGGAGGCGUACUGUACCCCAGGUGUUCAUAAAUGGAAAGCACAUUGGGGGCUCAGAUGAUACUGUUGAAGCAUAUGAAAGUGGAGAACUGGCUAAGCUUCUUGGCAUUGCUACGAAGGAUGAAGAUGAACUCUGAACCAAGGCACAGAUAAUAAGAUACAGACCAUUCAUCGCAGAGUAAAUCCAGAUGUGGUGCUUAUAUUGUAUUUCUUUGCAUGAGGGGUACAGUAAUGACUCGAAAUUUCCUUUUUCAUCAUAUGCUAGUAAUUAAAGCCGGAUUGCUCGGUGAGAGAAUGCUAUUCUGAUCAUUUCGCUUUCACCUAUUGAACUCUGGGAGAAUUUUGAGGCAAGUAGCUGAUAAUAGUAGAGAAUGAUGGCUGUAUUUUAAUGCC